AUGUGGUGCUGUCGCAGAGGACCUCCACACAAGCAUAGGCAGCCAUCCCGGCCUGGCGAUCUGGCCAGGGUGCACCAGGCAGGGCCGGACAGGGCCCGGGGCCGACCCCACAGGGACACGUCCCUCACACUGUCCCCAUCUCUCCCCAAAGCCGAGUGGCAAGUGGCGGAGGCAAAAGCGCUGGUCCACACGCUGGACAACUGGUCGGUGGUGGAGACGAUGGUGGUGCCCACGAAGACGCCCGACAGGAAGCUCAUUUUCGGCAAAGGGACCUUGGAGCACCUGACAGAGAGAAUUAGAGGAUCGCCUGAGAUCACAGCCGUCUUUCUGAACGUGGAGAGGAUGGGCACGCCCACCAAGAAAGAACUGGAAGCCGCCUGGGGCGUGCAGGUGUUCGACCGGUUCACGGUGGUUCUCCACAUCUUCCGCUGCAACGCCCGGACCAAGGAGGCCCGGCUUCAGGUGGCGCUGGCCGAGCUCCCCCUCCUCAGGUCCAGCCUGAGAAACGACACUGCCAGCCUGGACGGACGAGCAGGGGGCUCGCGCUACAUCAUGGGGUCAGGAGAAUCCUUCGUGCAGGUGCAACAGCGUCUCUUCAAGGAGAAGGAGAUGAAGAUCCGGAAGGCCCUGGAGAGACUCAGGAAGAAGCGGCACCUCCUGGGGACACAGCGCAGGCGGCGGGAGUUCCCCGUGAUCUCCGUGGUGGGCUACACCAACUGCGGAAAAACCACGUUGGUGAAGGCGCUCACGGGCGACGCCGCCAUCCAGCCCCGGGACCAGCUGUUCGCCACCCUGGAUGUCACGGCCCACGCGGGGUUGCUGCCCUGCCACAUGACUGUCAUCUACAUGGACACCAUCGGCUUCCUCUCCCAGCUGCCCCACGGCCUGAUCGAGUCCUUCUCCGCCACCCUGCAAGACGUGGCCCACUCGGAUCUGAUCGUCCACGUGAGGGACGUGAGCCACCCCGAGACCGAGCUGCAGAAGGCCAGCGUUCUGUCCACUCUGCGGGGCCUGCGCCUGCCCGCGCGGCUGCUGGACUCCGUGGUGGAGGUCCACAACAAGGCGGACCGGGUGCCCGGGUACAGCCCCGCGGAGCCGCACGCCCUGGCCGUGUCCGCCCUGCUGGGCCAGGGGCUCGAGGAGCUGAAAGCCCGGCUGGAAGACGUCGUCUUGAGAGCGACGGGGAGACGGGUCCUCACGCUCCGCGUCCGGCUGGCGGGGCCGCAGCUGAGCUGGCUGCACCGCGAGGCCACCGUGCAGGACGUGGAGGUGCUCCCCGAGGCGGGGGCCGCCGACGUGAAGGUCAUCAUGAGCAGCUCCGCUUACGGCAAAUUCAGGAAGCUUUUUCCAGGGUGA